AUGAACCAGCAGGCUCCCAAAAAGGUCCUCUUCACUGAAGACCCCACAGAACACGUUCUUACCCAAUAUGCGGACUUCACGAAAGCCGCCUAUUCCCCUUCCUUGUGCGAGCAGCGUGGACAAGGCGUGAAUAUCUAUUUGAAGCCCGAUGAGGCUAAGAAAGGCAACAAUAUCCAUUUGGUAACCGAAGCGGCUGAGAAAGGCGAAGGCUUGAUCGAACGAAAGGAUGUGUACGCCUUUAUUCACAAAGUCCUCAAGAAGCAGGAACAGGAUCUGAGAGGAUAUUGGGCGAUCAAGGCAAAACACAGUCCCCAAGACAAUAAGGCAGACACUUCGCUGGGUGAAGGUGCAGGCAGCUCUAAAGACAAGGAGGCAGACGAGUCCCAGGAUAAAGGCCUUUCGUUGCCGAUCUUCCAAUAUGGAACGCUGGGGCUUGAGGUAUACCCUCGCGAUGAAGGUAUCAUCAACCUUGGAACUUGGGACAUCGAGUUCAUCUUAAGGGCGUGCCUCGAGUUUAAGGAAGGCCAAAAGAUCAUGCCAAAGCUCAGCGGGUCUGGAAUCUAUCAAGCGCAACAUGGGCAAAUGCCGUUUCGGUGGUCUUUGCGGGGACCAACCAUCGAAUCUGAGUCUGAUGAUGGGCGGGUCCUAAAGAAGUUUAAGUCACUGUUCCGGAAUGAAUACCAAGAGGUAUUGAUCUUGCUGUUCAUCUUUAAUGACGCUUCUUCGCAUUUGUUGGGGGUCUUUAGUUAUGGCGAGACCGAACUCUCCAAAUCAUGCGACUCCUUCUCGUUCCGGAGCUCCGUUGGAAAUCAGUUUGGAGGAUUUACGCAGUCAGCGAGCCAAUAUGGCUAUUGUAGCAGGCGCUUCGCGUCGUCUAGCCAGCGGUUCGCCAUCAACAAUGCUCCGGCUGCUGGACCCAUAUGA